AUGAUGAUCCGCUUCAAUGACAAGGACAGGACUCUUCAAGAUCGUCGGCCGUACUCUAGCAGAAUCAUGCCAAAGUUGGACAACCCCAUCAAGCUGAACGGAAUACGGAAGCUGGCCAGUGCUAGCAAAAGCUGCUCGACCCAGUCGUUGGCUUACGGAAAAUGUAUCGGUGCCAACUAUACCGAUGUCAGUAAAGGAAUGUGUGCGGAAGAGUUCCGAGCUUUCAAGGAAUGCGUGCAGAAAGCGAUGGGCAAGAAGUGGUAGCUUCCGGCUUGUCGAACAACUGUAUCCAAGUAUAUGGCCGGAUGACUGUACUAUAAUAUCGGGCGCCCAUGAAACAUUCGUAAUCGAAAGACUACAAUCUGCAUCGCCCGUCCGUAAACCGCCACAGUCACUCUGAACGAAAGAUACACCAACAGCCAUAGGCAACCCGGAAGGUAGUAAGAUAGAUGCUCCAGAGA